GAAAGAAUCUCACUACUAGUGGUGGAACCUACCCCACAUGUUUCUUUCCUCUUCUUCUUCUUCUUCCUCCUCUCUCACUUCCGCCAUGUGAAAACCCUGAAACCAACUCAUCAUCAUCUUCCGAUCUCUAAAUGUCAUCGUCUCCGUCGAACAACACUAUCCCUUCCGUCCCAUUCCCACCGGACCCUGUGUUUCCUUUCAAUAAUCCAAACACUACAACUACCCCUUCUCAGCCCUCCAUCAUCGGACCUUCUCCGCCUCCUCCUCCGUUCACGACGGAUACAUCACGCGAUGAAAGUUUGAGAAGAGUAGCAUUAACUCUACUAAUCAUUGGAGUAGUUCUUGGAGCUACGCUUGUUUCAAUCGGAGUUUGUGUCUUUGUUUGUUUCUAUAAAAGAAAGAAGAAGAAGAUGAAGAUGAAGAAGAAGAAUGAUACUGAAGCUGCCAUUAAUGGAGAAGACUCACUAGAUCCCAAAGACAAUAAUCUUCAACAAUGGAAUCAUCAAAGUAGUUCAUCAGAUAUUGGACAAAACUUGUUUACAUAUGAAGAUUUGUCUAAAGCAACUAGUAAUUUCUCUAGCACUAACCUUAUUGGACAAGGUGGGUUUGGUUAUGUUCAUAAAGGAGUUCUUGUUGAUGGAACUGAGGUUGCUAUUAAGCAGCUUAAAGCUGGAAGUGGACAAGGUGAACGCGAGUUUCAAGCCGAGAUACAGACUAUUAGUAGAGUUCAUCACAGGCACCUUGUUUCUCUUCUUGGUUAUUGUAUAACUGGUUCUCAAAGAUUGCUUGUUUAUGAGUUUGUUCCUAAUAAGACUCUUGAGUUCCAUUUGCACGAGAAAGGGAGACCUGUAAUGGAAUGGCCAAAGAGGAUGAAGAUUGCUUUAGGUGCAGCUAAAGGAUUGUCAUACUUACAUGAAGAUUGUAAUCCUAAAACAAUACACCGGGAUGUGAAGGCUGCAAAUAUUCUAAUUGACGAUAGCUACGAGGCAAAGUUAGCUGAUUUUGGACUCGCCAGGUCUUCUUUAGAUACUGAUACUCAUGUUUCCACUCGGAUUAUGGGAACAUUCGGUUACUUGGCUCCUGAAUAUGCUUCUUCAGGAAAACUCACUGAUAAAUCAGAUGUUUUCUCAUUUGGAGUGGUGCUUCUUGAAUUGAUAACUGGACGCCGACCUGUUGAUAAUUCACAGCCUUUUGCAGAUGAUGAUAGCAUUGUUGAUUGGGCAAAACCUUUGAUGAUACAAGCUCUAAAUGAUGGUAGCUUUGACGGUCUUGUUGACCCGCGACUGGAGCAUGGCUUUGAUGUCAGCGAAAUGACGAGAAUGGUCGCUUGCGCUGCUGCUAGUGUCCGUCAUUCAGCAAAACGCCGCCCAAAAAUUAGCCAGAUAGUUCGAGCAUUUGAAGGAAACAUAUCUCUAGAUGACCUAACCGAAGGAUCUGCUCCAGGACACAGCACUAUUUACAGCUUAGAUGGGAGCUCAGAUUACAGCUCAACACAAUACAAAGAAGACUUAAAAAAAUUCAAGAAAAUGGCAUAUGAAAGUCAGACAUUUGGUGGUAGUAGCGAAUGCAGCGGUUUGACUAGCGACAACGGUCAGAACCCAUCAGGGUCCUCUAGUAUCACUGAAGGCCAUCGUACAACGCAAGAGAUCGAACCAGAGACGAGAACCAACGAGACAAUAACUUAAAAACAGAGGAUUCUUUGGUAAUAGUUAAAAAGUCCAAGCUUUUUUGUAGGGGUAGGUUUAGGUGUAAACACAUCAUUCAUAACACGCUCUUUCGCUUUUUAUUUCAUGUGUGGCUCUAAUCAAAACUGUCAUACUCCUCGUUUUGCACGUGAAUAUUUAUUUGUUCAAGAUAUUAAAUAGAUUCAAUCAAAGCUUCUACUAUA